AGGCUGCUCGGGGAAGCUUCUAGGUCAGCAGGGGAAAGGGGGGGGGGCAAGUGAAAGAGAGAAACAGCAAUUUAAACAAAAGCUCUGACAAGGUUGCAGUGGGGGAAACCCAAGGAUGGCGUGAGAGGAUCCAUGCUGGAAAGUACCAAAGCAAGGAUUACUAUAUAGGGAUGUCAGCAGGACCAGGGGAGAAGCUCUGAAGUGGAAGAAAGCGCACGCAGCAACGCACUCGGUGUCGAAGACCCCGCCACAAGGCACGGAAGGAGGACCAAAGUUUGCCUUUCACAGACUGACACAGAAAGGCCCGCCUGUCUGUGUGUGCGUGCGCGCGCGUGGGGCAUGUGAGGGAUUGCUGUCAACCAGAGAAAUGGAGAAGUGUCCAUUUUUAGAAAGAUAAAAGGAUGUCACUGCCAGUUUUGCUCUUGCUAUCACUCUUGACUGUCCAAUGUGGUGGAUGUGACUGGGAGGUGGUAAAGAACGUUAAGACGGCUAUCGACGCAAACCCCACCGGAUUUCGGACCGUAUUUCCCAAAGAUUACUAUGUGUUGCACCACUACACAAAAAGCAUGCUGUGUGACACUGAUCCGUGUUGUGUGUUCCCUGCGGCAAUAGUCCUCGUAGAAUCAUGGAAUGUCCUUUUGAGAAAUCUCUGGGAUGAGCACUUAAAUCACUCCUUGAUCUUCGACCUAAAGCAGACACUGGAUAUAAUCAUCAGAAAGAAUAAAAACACAGAGAGGUUACGGGAUGAGUUGGACCCAUCCCAGUUUUCCCCACUCUUCUCCUCUCCUGAGGAGCUCCUCAAGCUCACGUCGGAGUUGUUCACCCGGUGGCUAGAGGUCGGAUGCUCCCCCUCCAUGGAAAUCUGCGAGCUACCCACUCUGCCCCCCUCUGCCGAGAAGAAGGAGUACAGUCCGUCCAGAGUCCGACUCCUGACGACCCGGGCCAUCAGCCGCCGCAUGGAGGAGGCCGAGCUGGCCCGGAUGAAAGACGUUAUCCAGCCUACGUCCAGCCGUGGUCCGACCUCGCUCUCCAUGCAUCCUGCCUGUGCAUGGAGCCUUCUUCUGUUCAGACUCUACUGGUGGUUGUUGCCAUAGGAACCUAAAAGGAUCUUUUUUUGUUGGACGAUGCACACAAAAUGCAAGAUUUCCUGGCACUGAAAGAUUGUUUCCUUUCUAUUUGUGUUGUGUCGUGAUGCAGUAUGCUGGGAUUACGAUAUGAAGUGACAUGCGCAGGUUGCAUUUUUUUAAGGCCCAAAGUUUGUUUUGUUUUGUUGUUGUUGUUGUUUGUUUGUUUUUUGCUACGUUCACUGUUACGACAGUGCAAAAGCCGUGCAAGCCAGUGAUGGGUCGUACGUCUGGUACCUGGACCUUCAGUGUGCACUUAAUCCACCUCUUAAUACCACCACUAUCACGUCACACAUGCAAGAAACCAUCAAUACUACACAACAUUGCAAGUACAGUUCAGUUCUGAAUCAGUAUUUAUCUAAUAACAGGACAAAAACAUUACUUAAUGAAAUAAAAUACAUCAUACUCACCAGAGAUGCUGAUUAUUAAAGGUAUUAGUGUGUACAUAUUGCUACAGACGUGUUUUGCUAGUCAUUGUUGGCUUUAACAAGUUUUGUUCCUACCAACCAAUCAGAAGAUGAAAAUAUGCUGAGUUUGGAAUGCGAUUGGUUAAAGAAACAGUCCCUUUGCUAAUAUAGUUUAAAUUACAACAGCCAGCACUACCGAUCCUUAACAGCCAGCAUUACCGAUUCUGAAGGACAUAAGGUUGUCAUGGCAACACAAAGGCUGAAAUCUGAUUGGACAAAAAUAAACAUACAGGAAGCAGUGUAGCCAAGAGAAACGCUACAAAAUGUAGAUUUUGUGGGAGUAAAUGAAUACAAUUUCAUGUAACAAAUAUUAGGAUUUAGGUUGCAAAUGUAUAUCAGUGCUUCUGAUUGUGUUUAGGCCAGCAGAGAAGGCCUUGCCGGCCGUGACCACCCUCCACUGGUGCAAACACACCUUACAUAUAAGCGUAGUAUAGUACUAGCCUACCGAGGUAGAACAUGCCGCCAAGCUCCAGUUAGCUAAGCUCUUUGUGCUAACAAGCGACACAUGCUGACCAAGCCAAUGCACAAUAUGCCUUUGCGUGUGUCUGAUAUGAAAUCUGUCACAUUUGUUUACAAUUACUGUUUUCGUAACUGUAAGAUAUGACGCCUGUAGACUUUUACUUUUGUAUUUAAAAAAAAAAAAAGUGAAUUAAAGCCAUUUAGAUAUAUUUGUGAUUUUUCAAGACGAGGCCUGCUGAAGUACAGUUGAACCUCCUAAAGCCAAACUAUGGAAAGUCAUUUGAGCAUUUAUGUGAUAGCCUUGAUAUGCAGCUAAAGGUCUAUUAACUAGUUUCUCUUUGUCCUCAUUAGUAGGACAAGUCAGCACACUGGUAGAACGACUAGGGUCCACUAGUACAAUGAUUGCGUCUAACUAAUAACUUUUUAUCCACUACUGCCUUCCACUUUUGUAUGGCACUUCUGCACACUAGUAGGACAACUACAUGUUACUAGUGAUGCAAAAGCUAUUUUGCUGCAACUAGUAGGGUCCAGGAGGGCACUAGUGUGUGACACCUAGUAGUGGAACUAGCACAGCACAACAGUUUACUAAUAAGGUUUAAUUCCAUACUCGGAGGCCUUAAGUGGCACAAGUAGUGAGAAUUUUUUUCUACUGCGAAGACUGUCGUUCUAAUAAGACGCUGCUAUCAUGUACUUGGAACAAAUACAAAAAAGCCAAAGAAAAAGAUAAAUAUACAGUGGUGUCUUGACUUACGAGUGCCGCAACUGACAAUUUCUUUGAGAUAAGAGCAUUCACUUGAUAGAUUUUUUUGUUUUGUUUUGUGUUGCGACCCAAAAUUUGAGGGCUUCAUGUGAAGUGGAAGGGAAAAUAAUUGAGCAAUUAAGGUACUGUAAUGGCCUAACAUGUGGGCAAGAAGGGCUACAGUUGCCUAUGCACUUUCAGCCGUUUAUUGAACAGGACAAACAGUCAAACAUCACUCACAAUUGGCCAGCCAGACUUCAACUACUGAUGUCACUCACAAGACCACGCCCCUUUUAAGCACACAUAAACACACACAUACUACAGUGAGUUAGACUUUUGGCUUAAUUACACUUUAUAUAACUAGUUUAUUUCUUUACAUUCUCGUUACAUUAUUUUAUUAUAUUUAUAUUGGUAAGGGAACAAAUUAAAAUGGUAAAUCAAGGUACCACUGUAUUGUUAAUCUUUCAGGGAAAAAAAACAAUUACGUGAUGGUUGACUUUUGAGGCAUUUUUGUACAGUAAAUGUGAUGGAACUCACUUUUUAGUUGUACCACUUUCAGGACAUUGGGCUUUUGGAGGUUCCACUGUACUCCACUCCUUGUUCAUUGGGUUAGUAAACAGGACUGCAGAAAAACUGCACAACCAGAAUGUGGUUGGACUUACAGUGGCCUGUGUCGGUUUGUUUGUUUAAUUCCAAAUUGAAGAGUUUUGUCAAUGAUUAGACAUGUCAGCUUCCAGGAAACAAAGUCUAUUCAUGCUGAAAAAGUCAUUCCAUGACAGAAAUAGUUUUACAGUUAUUUUUUGUAAGUCUGGGAUAGAGAAAUAAAACUGCCAACAACUAAUCAUAACCAAGUGA